GUUACGGACAAAAAGUAGUUGCUACUAAUCCGUGCGGAGAACAACCGCUUGCUCCUUAUUCGGUUUGUAAUUUAAGUGCUGUCAAUUUGGCCUCUUUUGUGGAUAAAAAGACCUCGCAAAUCAAGUGGGAUGAAUUGCGAGAAACGGUGGAAAAUUGUAUUCGGUUCCAAGAUAAUAUUAUUGACGCCAGUUAUUAUUUUCUAGAAAAAAAUACUAUUCAGGCCCAAGGAGAAAGAAGAAUUGGUCUAGGGGUCAUGGGAUUACAUGAUUUUUUGAUUUAUGCGGGUUUAAGAUACGGCUCGCCAAAGGCUAAUUUACUAGUAGACAAAUUGUUUGAGACCAUUUGCCGAACCGCUUAUGAGACUUCAAUCGCACUAGCCCAGGAAAAAGGCUCUUUUCCUUUUCUGACUGAUAAAAAUAAUUUAGUGGAAAAAUCGGCUUUCAUUCGCUCUUUGCCAAGUGACAUUCAAGAAAAAAUUAGAAAAUAUGGUCUGCGAAAUUCCCAUUUAUUAACUGUGGCUCCGACGGGUAGCACCGGGACUUUGGUGGGGGUUUCUACAGGUUUAGAGCCUUAUUUUGCUUUUUCUCAUUAUCGUUCGGGAAGGCUGGGAAAAUGA